AUGAACCAAAGAUUUCAAAAAUUCUAUACAUCCUUUUCUAUUCUACAAAUCACCUCUGAUGAUGAUCAAUUAAAUCUUAAUACAUCAAUUCCUUUUCCAUCUUUGAAUCUUUUGCAAAUAAUUCCAUUAGAGCUCAAUAGAUCCUUCAAUUUUUACAAAUUCUCAGCUGUAAUUCUAGGAUGUUAA